UAUGCAAUGGGGGGGAUGAACCGAUCGUUCGUCGUGGUGACAAGUUUGACAUCUGACAUUUACGUGACAACACGUCGAAAAUGGCUGACUCGGGGCCAAGUAAAAGCGAUAUUGAAGCAGUUUUUCAAAGAUUACGAGCCAUACAGGCUAAUAAAGUAUGUUUCGACUGCAACGCGAAGAACCCUACGUGGUCGUCGGUGACGUACGGGGUGUUCAUCUGCCUGGACUGCUCCGCCGUACACCGCAGCCUCGGCGUGCACCUCACGUUCGUGCGCUCCACGCAGCUCGACACCAACUGGACAUGGAAGCAGCUGCGCAACAUGCAGCUGGGCGGGAAUGCCAACGCCACUCAGUACUUCCGCACACACGGUCUGAACACGGAGGACGCGCGGCAGAAGUACAGCUCGCGCGUGGCGGAGAUGUAUCGCCAGAAGCUCAGCACCAUGUCUGAGCAGGCGAUGAAGACCUACGGGACCAAGCUCCACAUAGAGCCCGCGCCGGCAGAAGUGAAGGAAACAAAGGAGGUAGAGUCGGAUUGGUUUGCCGAGACCACCGCCACCUCACUCAGCACUAACUCUAACCUGCAUGCCGCACCGCAGGUGGACAACAAACCGGAGGCGCUGAGCUCCGGACAGCGACUGUGGGAGUCGCCCGCGCAGUCUACCGCGCGCAAACCUCAGCCCAAGCGAACCACGUUGGGAGCCCGCAAGGGCGGCCUAGGCGCCACCAAGGUGGCCGCCAACUUCGAGGACAUGGAGCGCGAAGCCAUGAUGGCGGAGAAGCUGAAGGCCGAGGCAACGCAGUCGCAGUCGACCGCCGGCAUCGAGCAAGUGGAGCAGGAAGUGGCGAGUCUGCGGCUGGCGUACAACGCGGGGGGCAAGGCGGAGGCCGACCGGCUGGGGAUAGCUGCGGCUCACAGGGGGACCUCACACGGUGUGUCACAUUCUGCCAUGUCAGACAUGACAAUAAUAGAACAGGAAGGCGCGCCGGCGAACAACACGAGGUCUACGCUUGAUGAACUGGACGACUUCAACUCCGUCUUCACAAUGAUCAGGAGCGAGCCGUACAGCAGCGGGCGGGGCGGCGGGGCGGGCGGGCUGGACGCGCUGCUCGGCGACGCGCACAGCCGCGCCAAGCCGCUGUCCGCCGAGUGGGAGAACAUCGAGCCGGAACCCUCGCGCACGGUGCACACGAUGUUCUCCCCCACGGAACAGCGUACGCCGGCGCCGGCGCAGGCCGCCGCCGCGAGCCGCUCGCGGGGCGGCGCCGGGGCGCGCAGGCCGGAGCCCGCGGAGGACGACUCGGCCGUCAAGAAGUUCGGCUCCGCCAAGGCUAUCAGCUCGCAGCAGUUCUUCGGGGAACAGGACAACCGGUUCGAGCGCGACGCGAACCUGUCCCGCUUCCAAGGCAGCAGCAGCAUCAGCUCCGCCGAGUACUUCGGCCGGCCCGAGCGAGCUCCCCAGCCUUCCUUCGCCGUCUCAGCGCCACAACUCGAUGAGGUGCGCGAGUCAGUCCGCGCGGGCGUGACCCGCGUGGCGGGGCGGCUGUCGUCGCUGGCCAACGGCGUCGUGUCCUCCAUCCAGGAGCGCUACGGCUACUGAUACUCCCCUCCCCUCCCCUCCCCCCGCACCCGCCCACGCCGGGCUAAUCUUACAACCUUACUGAUACUGACAUUCUACCGACGAGAUUCGCUUUUAAAUGGUACGACAAUAUAGUACUAAAAUCUUGAUAAAAAGCACAAUUCGAAACACCUACUACAUGGUAUGGAGGUAAAUAAUAAUAUACAACUUUUGUCUUCGACAUUAAGCAUUCGUUAAAUCGUUAAUUUGUACCCUCUAAAAUGAUGUAUCCCCGCGUAUGAUACAUGUUUUUAGGAUUGAGAUUUCUCGUCUGUUGAAUUAUAUUUCGAUCGUUUUCACAUGUAAUCUGUUCUGAAUCUGAAACUUUUCAGAUUCGAAACGAAUGCAGUGUGCUCUUAGUGAGUGUUCGUAUCGAUAUAUUCGAUGCCAAGUAGUAAAUAUUGACUGUAAGUUUGUUUAUAAUGCGAGCGGGAAACAUAACAAUAUAUUAUAUCACACUUACAAUAAGUUGCAGACUUGUCUGUCAUUUUUACUAACAAAUCUUUAAACCCGACUUUAUAUUUUUUUUACGUAACGAAGGUUCCGGGCUAUAUUUUAGCCAUAGACAAAGACACAGUAAGACGCGCAAAGUAGUGAAAAAAAAAUUACAGAAUUGGCAGCCACUAUCGCUUGAUAACCUAGCACCAUCUAGUUCCAAUUGUCUGCUGUCAAUAUCGUUUAUUCUACGGUGAUAUCGAGCGUUAAUCUUACGAAUAUACAAUAUGUAACAUGAUUGUUGUAAAUGUGAAUAUUAUGAUAUUAAAAGUGGUGGUACUGGUAUUCGACAGAUGAUAUUAAAGCGUUCAUAUGAAAGAAAUGCAAAUGUACUGUGAUAUUGCAUUUACUAACAUUCUACAUCUAAUAAUGAGUUAAAAUAUUGUCAGUCAGCAAGCCUAUGAUGGUCGCACUUUCACCGUCUGCCAUUGUGCCAUUGUGGUCGUACGUUCUAUAAAGAAUGUGAGUGCGAAAGAACCAUAAUAUCUUUCGCUAAUUGUUAAGUAUUGAGACUGUGAUAGUUAUUUAAAAAACUCGUAAUCGCUCUUUGGUCUUCUGUCGACUGCCAGCUCCGAAAAGUUCACGAAAAAAUCACGAAUCGCUAUGUAAAUAUUGUAAUAUAACGUUUUGUAUAUCAUAUACAGUGUUAGACAGCCACUACUCAGAAAUACAGUCAAGU